AUGGCAAUGACAUGCACGGAAGCGGCCCGCAAAUGUGAUUCGGAUCAUCGAUGUCGACAUCUUCGGCAUUCGCUUUUGGCAAAUUGUCCAGUAGCUCAAGAUGAAUGUACGAAGACCUCCUUGGACGAAUGUAGAAGAACAAUCUUGCAUGCGAGGGCAUCAAUCCUAGAACAGCCUUGUUAUUGUCCGCUAGCCGACGUGGAAUGUAUGGCUCAUCAGAGAACAAUGAUCCCGAAUAACCCUUGUAUCGAAAAAGCGAUGCUUGAUUACUCCCGACUCAUGGGAUACAAUACGCCAACUGCCGUUAAGACUGUCAGCAUUGAAACCAAUCGUGUGUAUGAGACCAAUGUGCAGGAGGUAGCAUCACCCAAAGAACCACUGCCCUACCGCCCGGAAAGUACUAGAAUUACGGUGGAUAGUCGAGGAGUGUUGAGAUCUGGAGUAAGUAAACCUGAUGAUCGAAGAACGGAUUAUGGACAUGGUGGACAGUCACGGAUAGAUAUUGAAGCAGAAUUGAGGAAAAGUCAGAAUAAGGCUGAACAUCAUAAAGAGGAAGAAAAAGAGGCAAAGAUGAACGAGAAAAAGGAAAGUUCUGAAACAUUUGACAAAGAGGAAAAGGAGAACGGUUGGGAAAGUGGUUCAAGUACCAUAUCACAGAGGGGUGAACAUCAGGAGUCAGCAACAGUCGAUGAAAUGGUGACGACAAAAAAUGAGCUGGGAUCAGAGGCACCAACAACACAAGCAACAAAAGUGACAACAUGGCAUGCACAUGGGAGAAAUCAACAUGGCGAAGGGUGGGUUGCUUUUAAUUUAUUCCAAGUGAAGGCUAAUUUUGCUUUGUUUAUUUACCGAUUCUUCUUUUGGCUCUCUGUAAUUUUCUAAAG